GCAAAGGGCUAAGAGGCAGGUCGAAUUGUUGGAGAGGAAGAAAGACAGAGUACACAGAAGGGCAAAGCACCAUGAACGCCCCUGAUCGUUACGAGCGGUUCGUCGUACCAGAAGGCACCAAAAAGGUAUCCUACGAAAGAGACACGAAAAUUAUCAACGCUGCUUCCUUUACACUUGAGAGAGAAGAGCACACCAUAGGCAACAUCCUCCGCAUGCAACUGCACAGGGACCCAAAUGUUUUGUUUGCAGGUUACAAGCUUCCACACCCGCUUCAGUACAAGAUAAUAGUUAGGAUACACACAACAAGCCAAUCAUCACCAAUGCAGGCAUACAAUCAGGCUAUAAAUGACCUAGACAGGGAGCUCAACCACUUGAAGAAUGCGUUCGAGGAAGAGAUGAUGAGAAUUUCGAGGGAAUACUAAGCAGUACGGCUGAGCAACAUUAUUUUGUUGAAUGGAGAAACUUGACCAUGAUUGAAGAUUCAAGAGGGAACUUGAGAUCCCAAGCAUAUUUUGCUUGCUGUUAAUGAUAAUUCUCUUGUUUGGUAGACCUUAUUCUACGUUGUUAUGGUGUGCGAUGGAAUUUUGUUGCCAAGUAAAAUCCAUUUGUAAGUUGGAUAGACCUUGAAAUGUAAUGGCAAUUUACUUGCAGAUGUAGUUUGUGGACUACCAUUUAUUCAAAUUGAUCCAUGUUGGAGAGA